GUCGUGAAGAAUAUCUUCAUACCCUAUUUUUAUUUAUUAGGCCAUUUGAUUUUAUGUUGACAGUCUUGGCGAAACUUCCGGUUUCGGUCUCGUUCAGCUCGACCACCUGUCCUUUAAUCCCUUCACCGAUCCAGGUCUCGGGAUCUACUGAGCAGCCUGGCCCGGGCCAGCACGAAGCUCGGACGGGGGGAGCUUGUGGUGUCUUCCUCAGCUGUCAGACGCUUCAGUAACGGUCACGGUUGUCACUCACACCUCCGGUAAACCGUCGAGAGUUGUGUGGGGGGCUUUCCACGUUAAAUUUUAAACGCGGUGUCCCCUUCGUGUCCCCGCAUGAGGCGUUCGAGGACCGGCGGACACACGAGCGCCAGACUGGCGGCGGAGUGAGGAGUACGUACGCACCGCAGCCUUGCGUCAAAGCCAGGCUAACGCUAAAACCGUGUUUGGACAAGUCAGCAAGAAAACAGCCACGUUACCUCAGAGGCUUUUAGCCAGACACGGGUUAUUCUUGGUCCGGUUUGUGUCGCACACAUGCUCCGCUUCUGACGCCAAACAUCUGUACGCAGCUAAACGCGACACCAGAGGGUCUGGUGUUUUUAACGUACACUACCACACAUUUCCCCACGUGAGGCUGGGAAAUAAAGGCACAUUUUACGCUACGUGGCUUCGAAUUGAGGUGGUGGGAAGAAUCGCUGACAUAUGCGGCCCAGCUGAGAAAAAAAAGAUGGACCUGAAUUUUUAUUCAGAUUUAACGGACGGUACCGGGCAGCACGACGUUGACCCGGAGUUCUUGGACCCGCACUCUUUCAAUGGAUUUGACACUGACAACAAGUUCCCCGGAAGCAGUGACAACUACCUGACAAUUUCAGGGUCCGGCCAUCCCUUCCUCUCCUCCUCAGAGACCUUCCACACUCCCAGCCUUGGCGAUGAAGAGUUUGAGAUCCCGCCCAUCUCUCUGGACCCGGACUCGGCCCUCACCGUGUCGGAUGUGGUGUCCCAUUUCGGUGAGCUGUCGGACACUGGUCCCUCCGACAGCGUGGUGGUGCCCGAGAACGCCGUGGUGGAAGGAGACGACCCGUCCUUCGCCUCCACAUUUGUCAGCACACAGUCGCAGGGACUGGAGCACUUGAGUCUGGGGGUCAUGGGCCAGUCGGGAGGAAGUGCUCUGUUGGCGUCAUCGCUUGGGAUGGAUCUCGGUCAUCCCAUCAGUUCUCAGUUCAGCAGCUCAUCUCCGGUAACCAUCGAUGUCCCGCUGGGAGACAUGAGCCAGGGCUUGCUGGGGUCCAAUCAGCUGACCACCAUAGACCAAUCGGAGCUCAGCGCUCAGCUGGGGCUCGGACUGGGAGGCGGCAACAUUUUACAACGCGGCCACUCACCUGAGCACCCGAUGUCGGCCACAGCUUCGCCCACCAGCUCCCUCCAGGAUGAUGACAUGGACGAUUUUCGAAGGAGUGUCCUCACUGACUCUCCGGUCUCUCUGGCCGUCUCACCUGGAGUCAUCUCCCUCGACCCCUCCUUGUCCGAUUCCCCGAUCUCCACGCCGACCUCCAACAUCUCUCCGGCUGCUGGGAGAAAAGGAGGAGGAGCGGGAGGCGGAAAGAAGGGGAAGAAGAAGAAGAAAGACCCCAAUGAGCCUCAGAAACCUGUGUCAGCCUAUGCCCUGUUCUUCAGGGACACGCAGGCGGCCAUUAAAGGACAGAAUCCCAAUGCUACCUUUGGAGAGGUUUCUAAGAUCGUGGCCUCCAUGUGGGAUAGUCUGGGCGAGGAGCAGAAACAGGUUUACAAGAGGAAAAACGAUGCGGCAAAGAAAGAUUACAUGAAAGCACUGGCGGAGUACAGAGCCAGCUUGGGUUCUCAGGGUGCAAUAGAAGUCAUGGACACUGCUCCAUCGUCUCCAUCUCCUUCUUCAUCACCUGCCCCCUCACCUACCUCCACUCCAGGUGCUCGCAUCACCAGGUCCCACUACAACCCAGAAGAGAACACCAUCACCAACAUCUGCACCUCCAACAUCAUCAGAGUGGACCUUCAGCAGGUCACCACCCGCUCCAGAACCGGCGCCAUCAAACCCCAAAUCCCACCUGCCGCCACGGCGCCCAACCCGCCCCCCGUCACCAAGAUCAUCAUCAAACAGACGCAGCUGCCCUCUGGUGGUGUAUCGGUCACAGCGAUGCCGGCGACGUCGUCGUCGUCGCGGCAGCCGCCUCCUCUGCAACAGAUGCAGAGCACUCCUCCUCCACCUCGGCUACAGCAGAUGGUGCACGCUCAGGCUCCUCCCCCUCUCCAGGCCAAACCACGAGGUGUGGCCACCACCGCUCCACCGCCGCUGCAGAUCAAAGUCGUGCCGGUGUCGCGUCAGUUGGACUCAGGUUCGCCAAUAAUCGUGAGGGGCGAGGCACCAACAUCGUCGUCCUCUGCCGCCGCCGUGACCGUAGAGGUCGGACGAUUGGCUGCUGAGGUGGCGGGAGGAGAGGAAGUGGCCGAGGCAGAGGAAGGGAUGGAGGUGGAGGUAAACGUCGCUCCUGGUCCGAGGUUGCCUUCUGCGUCCAGUCCUAUCAUUUGCGUACGCGCCGGCUGCACCAACCCGGCGGUGGAGAGCAAAGACUGGGACAAAGAAUAUUGUAGCAACGAGUGUGUCGCCACGCACUGCAGAGACGUGUUCAUGGCCUGGUGCGCGAUUCGAGGGCAGAACUCCACCACGGUCACAUAAGAGCUACGACACGGGGACGAAGAUGACGACGCCGGAGGAGAAAUUAGACAGAGAUUUAUAUGUGAAAUGCUAAUGAACAGAGAAAUGAGUGGAUGAAUGGAUGAAAGCCAGAUCAGGCUCAGGUAUUUGUGCUUAAUAUAUGUAUUUUUCAAUCAUCAUCGUGUUUUUUUUGUUUUUUUUUCCCCCCACCCCAGUGUCUGAUCCCGCACAAAAAGCAGCUAACAUGACUUUAACAGAAAAAAAAAUACAGACUGGGAUUUAAAAUAUGGACAUAGAAAAAAAGAAGAAUGUUUUAUAUUAUAUAACCUUUGUGUUUUUAAUUAUUUUGGAAAGACAAAACAAUGCAGGAAGGAGAUCGUGCUCCUGCAGAUGUAUUCAGUUUAUUUUAUACAUUUCUCAAAAAAAAGAAACAUUCAACCUGAAAGCAGCAUCCACUGGGGAAUCUUAUCAGUGUGAUUUAUUAUUUUCAUUC